CAACCAACCAACCAACCAACAAAACCCUAAAGCCCCUUCUUGAAUUGCUGCUGCCUACUGAUACGUAUAAACCCUUCAAAGCCUUCACGGCAAAACCGCAAAAACCUGCACGAGAAAGCGAAAACACCAAAAUGGCGAAGUCAAUGAGAUCGAAGAGAGAGAAGCGGCUAAGAGCCAUAAGGAGAGAUUUGGUAGAGCCCUUUUACGACAAGAAAGACGAAGCCAAGCUCGCCGCCCAAGAAGCUGCUCUUGCUGCCCCUAAACUACCCGUUAAACCUUCUCCUUUCGCUGCUGCUUCUUCGUCGGCUAUGGACAUGACCACUACAACUACAGCAUCAAAUACUAACAUGGAUGUGGAAAUGGAUGAUGACAGUCAAAAGAAGAAUUUUUUGAAGCCCAUCGGUAAGAAGCUAAAAAAGAAAUUAAAGUUGGCAAGAAACAAGCGUCGUGGUCAAGGGAAGAUCAAGAGGAAAUAUGUUUAACACCAUAAAUUUAUGGUAAAGAUGAUUCAUGUUUUAGUGGUGAAGCGAUAGUUGUAUGUUUGAGACUAUUAUGUUACAUUUUGAUGUUUUAAUAUCUUAAUGAUACAAUUUUUUAACUUAUAAAGUACUGAUUAUGUUGUGAUA